CUUCAUUGUUACAUCAUGUGCUCCCCUCCCAGUCCUCCUGUAGACAUAAAGAGUGGGGGAGAAACCAGAGAGCAGAUCUCCCCCCUCUGCUCGGCCAGCCAAUCAGAUCAGCUAGCUGGCUGGAGUUGAAGGGCUCUGAAAGUAUAAAACCGAAGUGCUCUGCACAGAGAGGUAGGAGCUUGAGAUCUAGUAACCAACUGGAAAGAGAAGGGUGCACACUUUGCAUGCCUCUGCAACCCACCUGACAAUAAAACCAACCAAAGAAACCGAGUCAACAAACAAAGGAAAGCAAUCGACAAUGAAGACAACACUAGUAAGUGUGACUCUGUGCCUGGUCAUUUUGAUGGCCACCGGCAACCCCUUCGAGAGACGAGGAGGCUCGGCCGCUGGUGGGAAGGAGAAGAGGGUGCAGUAUGCGGCGUGGGACGAUGUGAAUGUGAUCGCCCACGGCCUGCUCCAGCUGGGUCAGGGGCUCAAGGAGCAUGUGGACAAGACCAAGGGCCAGAUGAGGGACAUCACUGCCAAGCUGAAGGUCUUCAAUGGCACCGUGGCCGACCUGGGCAAGGAGAGCCAGAGGCUGCAGGCGGAGGGCGAUGCACUGAAGGCCCGGGCCCGGGGGCUGGAGAACAGGGAAGUCAAGGUGCUCAACGUGACGGCCGAGCUGAGGGAGAGGACAGAGGAGAUGCAGCAGGAGAGGAAGAGGGUGGAUGAGAGGAUGAACAAGCUGGAGGAGAAGGUGGACGGCAUGCUGCAGGGAGAGGGGCUGCCCGACAUGAAUGCUGGCAACUACAGCGAUGCACGCAUCAUUGAGGUAAGGAGAGAAUCCAUGACUCUAUUUGGUAUGAUACUUUGUUGUCUUUCUGUUUGAAAAAGCUAUAGUACAACUGUGCAUUUGACGUGAAAGAAGGAGAGCAAAUGACUUGAGAGAAAGUUACUGACAAGACAAACUGUAAGCUGAUUGCUGCAUGUCUCCCCCUUUAUAAGCUUACUUCUCUGCAGUUGCCAUUCUAUCCAAUCAUUUCUGAUCUUCAAUUGUAUGAAGGCAUUACCAUGUUUUUUACAGUAAGCAGCCUGGCCUAUUCAUUCACUGUGCUACCAUGACAAAACACCACAGCAAAUAGAUGAAUUGAUUAACAUUAAAGUCUUGCUUAAUACAGUAGGCUACUAGUAUUAUACUUUCUUCUACAUCAGUCAUGCAUAAUAGUUUGACAAAUUGACUAUUUGCUACCACUACCAAUCUUCAGAAAAACAACUGGAGGGGGCCAUGAGAUGCACUUUGAUGGACAAGAACAGUUGGUCUGGGGUUAUUGCCAUUGACCCAAAGGGACAGAAAGAUAUUCAGACUGAAUCACUUGGACUGUACAGAAGGCACGCCAGUGGGCAUGUUACUAUUGUGCUGAAGAGCUUGGCCUAUGUGCAGAGAAAACACUAAAUCUUGCCAGACAAAGGAACUGCACGCCUUAUUUUCAGAAUGUGUGAAUAAUUUUUAAACCUUGAUAUUUGGAACAUGGUCCAGUUGAGGAAAAUGUCACGCUUGAUUUCUAGACGGUUUACAGCUGCUAUAGCACCUGAAAACUCGAAAGAGAAUUUCUUGUUCUGACAUUACCUUUUUUGUGGGAUGGAAAACCCUGCGUUAUUAUGUAACCAAAGAUGUUGGAGAAAACAAAUACCAGCGUUGAAUUUGGACAUGUGCUCGGGUGGGAUAUGAGUUCUGUAUUGCAGUUUAUUUGAUAUAGUCUAGUUCACAAUGUCGGCUUUGUGGUGGGCUAUUCAUGUUAUAAGUAACCUAGGUUACUUAAAAUUAAGUCACAGGAGAAAGACUAACAGGUUACCUUUCUGUUUUCUUUCAGUGGAUGUUGGAAGCUCAGAAUAAACGUAUUGAUGACCUGGUCAACAGAAUCCGAAUCCAGCAAGAUAAACUUGACAAGCAGAACAUGCACAUCAGAACCCUGCAAAACCAGGUAUGGAACACUCUGUGAAUAAUAAUUGUAACAUUAUCAUGACUUAUGCUAUUGUUUUAUAUUACUUAUUUAAAGUUUCGUUUUCUUGCUCACUCAGAUUCAGCUGACAAAAGAGAGACCAGCAUUCAGUCGUAAACCAGUGGAGGCCGUUCAAAAUGGUAGCAUUGAACAGCGCGACUCACCCAUCGGUAAGUAAAGCCAAGCUUCGUGUCAAAUCCGUUGAUUCAAUUAACUUUUAAGACACCCAGACAAAGACUGGCCUCGCGUCCCAUGCCAUCUGCUUAGGGACAGUAAGAGGCUUAAAACAUCAACUUUAACUGGAGUUGUCCCUACAUGACGUGAAGUAUACGCCUAUUAACUUUAAUUAUCCGAUAAUUUUAUGCGCUCAUCUAUCUGCCCAAAGCGCACGAGAAAUUACGCACAGGUGAUUGGCCAUUACUUGUCUGAUGGAAUCCCAGUUGGAGCUUGUUUUGUCACAAGUUCCCAGUCGUCUUGAACACGUUCCCAGUUGUCUUGAACGCACUCAAGUCGGAGUCUGAGAUUUCUGAUUCCCCAGUUGUUUUGAAUACGACAUUUCCACCCAAAAAGUAUAUGUGAUGACGUUUAAUCAAUGUGGGAAUCUGAUUGGAUUUGCAAAAAGACAUCAACAUAAGGACAUUUUGUAUUUUUUCACGCAACUUUUAACCUAAAUCCAAUGACAUGGUGAAAUGUUUUGGUUGAUUUCACGUUGAAUUCAUGUUAGUUGACAACUCAACCAAAUGUAAAUCAGAACUAGACGUUGAACUGACAUCUGUGCCCAUUGGGUGUUUUCAUUGGGUUCACAGAAAAUAGCAUAUAUUCACAGUAUAAAGAAAAAGAUCACAUCAGGAAGUGUACAUUAAGUAAUGCUACACCCUGUCUUACUCAAUACUGCAGUACAGUAAUUGUAAAUGUGAUCACGAUGUCCUCAACCUACACCCACGUCAGGCAGCUGUUCCCAUCUGAAAUGUACUACAGUGACCUACUCAUAAUAUGGGCUUUCAUCAGAGCAGAAUAGAGUUGGAUCAUGGCCAAGUAGGGAAAAGUUCUGACACUAGUUCCAUGGUUUCUGGCAAUGGAACAAUGAUUAGGCCUAACUCACGGCAAGUUCCUGUUUAGUCCUCAGUGGGGGGGAUAUGAAUGAAACAAAAUGACUAUACAGGAAAUUCAAUUAAUCAUAUAUCCCUCUGAAUGUGACCUAUGCAAACCACGUCACUUUAUGUAUGUUGGUCAGAUAUGUGGUUGACCUACUAGAGUUGAUUGAAAAAGAAAGUAACAUGGUUAUACCAUUUCAGUAUAUUGCCUGUUAAAACAAGUAAAGUAUUGCUCUCUCAAUCACAAGCAACAUCACUCGUGGUUAUAUAAAAAUAUUUCACACUGUCUGAUAGCCACUGAGGGAGGUAGUUGAAAGAUGAACCCAGAGCUGUGAGAUGCAGUCACCCAGCAGAACACAGAGUCCUCUCACGACAAGUUCUGACAGCAGGAUUUCAGGAAUGUUAUAAAAGAAACAAGUCCUCUGGCUGGACUUCAUUUGGGGGAGAGUUCAGCAGUCUUGGACAGUGUUAUCUCAGGGUCACAAUAGACCCCCAGUACAGAGGGAUUACAAAUCUGACAGAGCUAGGGGAGGGGGAGUGGGGAAUUUCCAAAACUAGUAUGCUAUGUUCUUCAGAUUAGGUCCUCUGGGCCAGAGCCAGAAAAAGUCAUAAAAGAAAGCAAGAAAAUGGAGGUGGUCUAAUUUUGUCUGGUGAAUUUUGCACACACAUCCUUUGUUGUUUUGAAGACACUGACGGCCUCCCUUGUUCCUCCAUCCUUCCAGCUCUCCACUUUCUACUAAAUCCCUCAAGAAUGUCCAACUCUUCCCCCAGAUCUGUCAGAGAAGUCAGAUGUCCACCUUCUCCCCUCCUCCAUCCCUCCGCCAGCUCUCUAUCCCCGUAGACUCCCGCCUCUUCGGGCAUAGAUGAAUAUGCCAAAGUUGAGGAGAACCCCUGACCGCAAGGCAAAUCGCGACUACAACUACCCAUCGCUAAUCAAUAGAGCUCAUGCAUCGCCUAGAAGGGUUAUUCCAGAAAAGUGAUGUGUUGCGGUCCUGUGGUCUGCACUCAUGUUCGUACUUGAAAACUAAAAAUAGCAACCAAGUCAAACCAAAACCAAUAUUGAUUGAUUGGCCCCAAUUCAAUUAAUCUUUAAUCAUAGUUUAGGCGAUUGGUGCAGACAAAGAGCAUCAUAGCUGAUGAACAUAUGCAAUAUCUCUCAAGUCAGCAUCAUAUAAACAUGAACUAUUUUCUGGAAAACAUUAAGGUUGUGCUGUGCACCAACUCAUGCCUUAUCAGGCACAUUACAGCCAAUGGGCCCCCCAGGCCUUUUGUUGAUGCUGCCUGGCUGUCUCUAUCCCAUAUAGUGACAGCACUCUCUGAGCAUUCCCUGUGCAUGCAGUGGCCAUGCAUUCCUAUGUCACUGACUGGCUGCUGUGCAUGUGAGGGAGGUGAGACAAACAGGAGGGGAAGGGGAGGUGGAGGGAGAGGGAGGACAGAAGGGGGGUAGUGGAAUGCGAGUUGAGUUGUUUGCAAUCAAUAAGCCAGGCAGCUGAGGUGGGAGUCUGCUUGGGAACUGGGAGAAAGGUCAUGUUUACUACUAAGCAAUGAGCUCUCUUUUUUUCCAGGCAGUUCGGACUAGGGCACAACACAUUAACACUUUAUCUGUGUUAGGGUUCCAACUACUGAUAAACCCACUUCACGAUAAGGCCGCUUUAUUUGCAAACAUUCAGCAUUCACAGACCUGGAGAGCUACAAUGGAGAAGUCAAUGAUAGGGAUCCCAGCAGUGGAGGCUGGUGGGAGGACCUAUAGGAGAACGGGCUCAUUGUAAUGGUUGGAAUGGAAUAAAUGGAACAGUAUAAAAAAUAUGGAAACCACAUUUGACUCCGUUCCUUCAAUUACAUUCCAGCCAUUAAAAUGAGGCCGUCCUCUCCACCAGCCUCUACUGGAUCCCAGAUAGGGAAACCAGAUGUAUCCUGAUUCCUGAACAUAUGACCUAGUUAUUAAGUGAAAGGUAGACAUGUUCUCCAACAAUGUCCCUAGAAGUGUGAAAUCCCUCAGGAGAAAACAGUGGAGUUGGCAGAGUGGACUUUUGCCCAUUUGCUCACAAACAAGCUCCAUGAUGGCUGCUGGCCGGCAUUACAGUUUGAAGUUUAAGGAGCUCGAGAUGAGAAACCAGAGUUUUGUUUUGUAGUUGAAGGAGUCAUUUCUCAUUUAUUUUAUUUAUUUAUAUUUGUGCCAGUGUAGGGGAAAGGCCAAAGCACUGUUAGGACACAGACCUUGACGACGUGCACUGAUACUGACUAUUUGAGAUAUGAAGUGUGGACGAACUGUUUGUGAACCAUGUUGUAUUUUUGUGUUUGUUCUUUCAGAGAUGGCCUCAGAUUGCCAUGAACUGUUCCUGAAAGGUGAGACGGCCAGCGGCGUGUACACCAUUCAGCCAUUAAACUACCAAUCCUUUGAAGUCUUCUGCGAAAUGACAGCCGGUAAGUGGAAUUAGCCAGCGUUAUACCCUUGUGUUCUAUUUACAGGGCUUAACUAACAAUUGUUAACUAGUCCAACAACCAAUCAUUAUCUUCAGGCAAAAGGAUAGCUCAAAAGCCCCUAUAGGGGCAGGUCACCGUAUAAGGUUUCCCUAUAGCUUAGUAUCUAAACACAUUGUAUCAAUACAUUUAUGACAGUUGGCUGUAGUAAAUUGCUCAUGGUCUAGACUAAUCCAACUGCUCUUCCUCUUUCCUCUCUACAGAAGGUGGCUGGACUGUGAUCCAGAGGCGCCAGAAUGGCUCAGUUGACUUUGACCAGCUAUGGCAGGCGUACCAGAGCGGCUUUGGCAGUCUGAGUGGUAAAUAAAUCCUCUGUUAUCUUUUCUCAUCUCCCUCACUAAAUUCCACUAGCGCUAGCUAGCGAGGUCAUACCGAGAUUCGGACAGUACCACCCAUAGCCACAGCAUAGAACAGUACAGCGCAGAGCGCUUGACCCGAAGCCUCCCAGUUCAGUUUGAUUAACAAGCAGUGAUACUAACACUAAUACAGGAUUGUAGAUGUCAAGAUCGAGGGAUCAGGUGGAUCUUGAUAUGGCAGGUUUGGCAUAAACAACCAUCUAAUCUGCAGCUUUAAUGACACUGGUGGCUUUAGGUGCCCGAAGUGACCAAAUCACAUGUUCUAUUCCUUUUAAAUUCCAUUAAGUGAUUACUGGCCCUGUUACGAUCAGAUCUUUUAAAUUAACGAAGACACUGAGAUAGCUGGACACAUGUAUGCAGACUUUGCACAUGCUACCACAGCCACCGAUUAGGUUUUAACCCUUGUUUGAUCUCUCUCACUAGGUGAGUUCUGGCUUGGUCUUGAGAAGAUGCAUGCUGUGGCCAAAGACACUGACUACACCCUCAAGGUCAAGUUUUCCGACUGGAGGGACGAUUCUGAGACCAUCCAGUACCCCAUCCGCCUGGGCGGGGAGGAGAGUCACUACGCCCUCCACAUCCAGGAGACCUCCAUCGGCAACCUGGAGAGCUCCCUGGCCACCGACGCCUCCGGCCUGCCCUUCUCCACCCGCGACCAAGACAAUGACCAGAAGAGUGACACCAACUGCGCCAAACACCUCUCUGGUACGCUCAUCUUUUUCAAAGUGACUUUUUGUCCUAAUUUUAUCUUGAGGUCUAAGAUUUCUCUCUCAAUAACUCAAAUUCGGAAUGGAGCACCAAUGUCAAUGUUGUUUGCUCUCUUUCUCCAGGUGGCUGGUGGUUCAGCAACUGCGGACGCUCCAACCUGAACGGGCGCUACAUCAUGAGCCCUCCUCCCAAGCAGAGGCAUCAGAGGAAGCAGGGGGUCUUCUGGAAGACCUGGCGUGGACGUUACUAUCCCCUGAAGACCAGCGUCAUGAUGAUCGCCCCCGCCGCCAUCGAGGACAAGUCAUAGAGGAGAGACAUGGCAGUCUUCAGACUUUUCUUUUCUUAAAUUGAAACACAGUUAGAGGUGGUUGACCGAUGAGUUGGGUUAGCUACCCGCUCAGCCCAGGCCUCAGCCACUGAGACUUCCAACAGAGCCAAGGCCAUCAUAAAAGCCAAAUGAACUCAUAGUUGAAUGAGCUCCAUGUUUCCUAAGCUCUGUUUUUCGAAAGUCUUCAAGUCUCUCAGCUACAGACACAACCGAACAAUGCAGAAAUGUCUGUUUAAGAAGUGAAGAAGUACAUGUGCAUCAGCCUUAGUAGAAAUUAAUGGAACAGAAUGAGGCGAGUUCCAUCAUGUGAGAAACCAAGCAUUUUACACAUGUUGAGACCCAUCAGAUGUUUUUAAAUGCGAGCUCUCCCAGAUGUUGAACUGUGAUUUCUAGCUAGAAUCCAGUACUAUCAGCAUGAACACUGCCCUCCACUGUAGUUGUACAAGUGGGGCAACUCUAGAGUUUCUUAAUCCGAUUGUAUGGACCAAAUGGUGACUGAAACAAUUAGUUGUUUUCCACAUGAAAGUAAUGGCAUUAGCUAUUCAAAGGCAUAUAUAAAGAAAUAAUCAAUGUAAACUAGAAUUACAGAAUUACAGAAUUACAGUACGUAAUGAGACAGCAAUUGUGGUUUCAUUGUCUACAUUUCACGUUUCUCUAUAGAGCAAACACCAUUCCAGCCUUUGUAAAAGUAACUUUUCCUGCUGUUUUAUUUUGAAUCAAAGUAAGCUCCCGCUCCACUGUUGCGUUCUUGUGGAGAUGUUUUAUUCCUCAGUCAUAUUGACUGCCUUUAAAAUGACCAGAGUCAUUUCUUUCUGUAUAGUGUAUGAUGAAUGAAUAUCGACUGUCUCUUCAGAACCUUUACUGUAACCUGUUGUAACAUUCUCUAGUGUUCUUGUCGAUGACUUGAGUUUUUCCCUUCUUUAUUUAAAAGUUGUAAAGAAUCUUUAUAUAUUUCUGGUAUUGCCUGUUUGUAAUUUAUAUAGUCUAUUUUAUGUUUUCCAGUUGUAAAAUUGCUGUUGUUUUUUAAAGAGAUCUUUGGCAUGAACCAGCCAAUAA